CCGCCCAGCAUCAGCGAGCACGUGGCCAUGGAGGCCUUGGCGGCGGGGGCGGACGGCGCGGAGCCCGAGAUCGGCCUCGUGCUGCCCGACGACGACUUCGUGCUGCCCGACGACGUGGUGCAGUACAUCAAGGCGCACGCCGGCGGGACCCUGGACGACAGCCCCCCGCAGGCCUAUCCCCCGGAAAGCACCUGCUUCUCUGAGAACCCCAAACUGCCCAGCCCGGGGCUGCACGGCCAGCGCAGGAUGGUGGCCGCGGACUCCAACGUGGGCCCCGCCGCCGCGGUGCUGGGAGGCUGCCAGCUGGGCUACGCGGCUCCCCCCAGCCUGAACAAAAACAGCAUGCCGGUGCAGUGGAAUGAGGUGAGCUCCGGCACCAUGGACACCCUGGCCAGCCAGGGGAAGCCUUCGCCCUUUCCGCAGGGCAACCUGGCUGUGGCGCAGCAGAAGCCGGCCUUCGGCCAGUACCCAGGCUAUAGUCCGCAAGGUCUGCCGCUGAGCCCGGGGGCCCUGGACACCGCCCAGCAGGCACACUUUCAGCCCUGCGGGGGCGGCUCCUCCGUGCCUCGGAUAAAUUAUAUGCAGCAGCUGCGGCAGCCCGGGACAGGUGGGCAGUGUCCCAGUAUGACGACCACCGGGAGCCCCCACACCAACUAUGGGCAAGCCCACCCCCAGCUGAGCCCCAGUACCAUGGGGGGGGCCCUGAACCAGUACCCCCCAUCCUGCAGCAACAUGGCAGUCAAGCCAGUCCACCUGGGGCUCCCCCAGCAAAUGGAAGUUGCUCCCGAAGCCACCAUGAUGGGAGGCAACUGCAGGGAACUCGGAAUCCCCAAUUCCUCCCUGGCCGGGAUGCCAUCCCUUCACUCGACCCAGAGCUACCCACAGCAGAGCCAUUACCUGGCGACCCCCAUGAGCCAGGAGGGCUACCGCCAGGGCCCCAACCUUCUGCCUUCCCAGCAACCCAGCUUCAUGGAGCCCCAGCAGGGCGCCGUGGGGGUGGCUGGAUCCAGCUUUGGCCUAGUGCAACCCCGGCCACCCCCUGAGCCCAGCCCUGCUGGCUGCCACCGUGGGGUGCGGGCUGGGCUGCAGCUGGCCUAUGCCAGGGCCACCGGCCACGCCAUGGCUGCUGUGUCGGCCAACCAGGAGAUGGCAGAUGGGCCCAAAGGAGCAAUGGGCAGCAUGGGGUCCCGGCCUCCUCAGCCACCCCCACAGGACACGGCCGGGGCCCAGGACCACAGCAUGCUCUACUACUACGGCCAGAUCCACAUGUACGAACAGGACGGAGGCCUGGAGAACCACGUGGGCUGCCAGGUCAUGCGGCCCCAGCCACCGCAGCCACAGGCCUGCCCAGACAGCAUCCAGCCCCAGCCCUUGCCCUCGCCCGGCGUCAACCAGGUGUCCAGCACUGUGGACUCCCAGCUCCUGGAGGCCCCCCAGAUAGAUUUCGAUGCCAUCAUGGAUGAUGGCGAUCACUCGAGCCUGCUCUCGGGUGCCCUGAGUCCCAGCCUCCUCCACAGCCUCUCCCAGAGCUCCUCCUGCCUCACCACCCCCCGGAACUCCCUGACUUUGCCCUCCAUCCCCACGGGCAUCAGCAACAUGGCUGUUGGGGACAUGAGCUCCAUGCUCACCAGCCUGGCCGAGGAGAGCAAGUUCCUGAACAUGAUGACCUAAGGCCCCAGCUCCUGGCGCUCAGUGGACUCGCAGGAGGCAUCAUUUCCCAGAGCGUGGGGCUUCCGUCAAUUUUGUCUUUUUCCAAAAAAGUAUUAACUAGGUCUGAGGGAGUGUUGCCAGUGGCCGAUUCAGACCACAGAUGCUUUAAGGGCAGGUUUGUGUACAUCCUGCCUGGUCUUCUUUUGGGUUAUUUUUCGGAACAGUGAGAAAAGUCUCAAUGGGAAAGGCAAGGUAGAAAUGAAAAACUCGUUUGCACAGUGCUUCCCAGGCUUUGGCGUUUAUAGGACCAAAUUGUUCUAGCGUCUUCGCCUCUGUCAUUUGGCUAAUGAGGGAUCCCGUUGGCCAAGGGGAAAGAAGGUAGAGGGAACCACAUUUGGGUUUGAAUCUGAAAGCCGUACUGGAUAUUCUAAUCCAGGAAGAUAAGCUUCUCAUUGCCCUACCUACGAGGUAAAAGAAUUCUAUGAAGCUUACUUCUUGAGGCCUCUAACAUUCCCCGUGCUGCAGAGGAAGAAAAAAGAUUUUUACCUGGAUUAUUUGGAAGCACAUCCUGAUUCCAGGUUUGGUAGCGCCGGCACGUCUGCCCCCACAAAGCCGAGUUUGCCACUGGCAGGCUGUCCAAGUGCAUACGAAUGGAUAAAGUAUGGAAGGAUUGCCAGAGAAGAAAAGAAAAACUGUAGUCCUUGGGGCAAGCCCAGAAGCUGCCCUGACUUCUCCAGACCGUGUUUACAGUGCUCAUGCAUGUCGAAUGUAGCCCUUCCUGGAAAGAACACUUAACUUCUAAAUACCUCGGGGCUGCUGGAAGCUGCUGUGGGUUAGGGAUGGACCCAGGUGAGCCAAAGCCUGGCACGGGGCCUCGAGAAAUUGGGAGAGCACCAGGGACCCAGCCUCAGGCCACCCUGGAGACCGCCCGUAAGAAGAGGAAGUCAUAUGUUUACCCAAUCGUGUUUCUCCAGUGCACUGUCCACCCACUUUACCAUGGAAAAGCCCAGGACUUGACAGCAGCCUCUUCCCGGGCUCCCCCGGGCUGUGCGGUCUGCUCACCCGCAGUCCAGUGGUCUGGGCCGAGACACAGCAUGCAGUCCCGGGACCUUCUGGAUUCCCUUCCCUCGGUGCUCCUGCUCAUUCUGCAAAGUACGAUGACCUGCAUGGUGUUUUUGGUGGGGGUGGAGGGUGACGGGGUUGAUUCUUGGGACUCUGAGGGACCGUCACUGAAUUUUCCUAUUCGGUGUGACCCAGCCCCACCUGGAAAUGGAAUUUGGAACUGGCAUCAGAAGACAUCGCUCCUGAACGUACUGUCGGGUGACUUGAAGCCUCCUUCCCACCACACACAUGUACUCACACCGCACACGUUCCCAGCGCUGAAUUUGUGGCGACCUUGCCAAAACCAACCGCACCACGAUGAGCCUGAUACUGUGACCCUGGCCUCAACCAGGACAGGGCCAAAACCUUACCUGGGCCCUCCGCAUCCCAGAACAUCAGAUGCUUUGUUAGGGUCCAAAGACAAAGCCAAGGCCAGAUAACAGCCCUGGGACGCCUCCGAGGGUCUGGGCUCCGUGGCGGUGUUCAUUCGCUCCCUGCGCUAGGAUUUCGCUAGCCGUUCCCAGCCUGUGUAUAGUAUGUACAGAAGGCGUCAUUCCUGAAAAUACUGUAGGUGAAUCAGCCAGCCACAUUUAUAUCUGCAAAAUAUUUAGCUUUUUCUACAUGCUAUGAAUUGAGAUGACACACUCAACUUGUAAAUAAGUCUUUUUGUACAUUAAAAAAGUAAUUUUUUCAUAA